ACCCUUUUAAAGGUUCCAAGGAGUGUUGUUGGAUGCCAAAAGAAAGGAUAGUUUAGUUUAAAAGGGUGAAAAAUAGAGUAGGGUAGGAGGUCUCUGAAGCAGAGUUACUGAACAUAGGAAGAGCAUGAAGUUUUUGCAAGUGCUGUUCCAUCAUUUUCUUAUUAUUGAAUAUUUUAAUCACAUUGAAAACUUUUGACUUUGCAUAAUUUCUAUUGAAAAUUGGAUUCUUCUAUAGAUGUCAGUGCCCUUAAAAAUUACUAGGACUGGUUAAACAAUACACAGUAUAAAGAAGGCUGGCAAGGUUUUGGCCAUGGGCAUAAAAAUAAUCCUGCAAUAGAAACUCUUUGGGACUUUGACUAAUAGUCAUUGAGGUCUGGAGGGGUCCUUCCCAACCUCCCAGUCUGUUCCUCUGUACUGCUGAUGGUUUCAGUUAAGUGUUAUAAAGUAGAACUGUGUGGAGGUGAUGAAGAGAGUUUAGCUUGUAACUGGUAAAGUGUCCUUAACAUUUACUCUGUGUAAGGGAAUCAUUGAUACUGAAUAUUCUGCUGACAGUGUGAGAGCAUGCAGGCUGGCUGUGCAGUAGAAUGUACCAAAAAAAUGCUUACAGACUUCCUAAGUGAUGUAUCCUUCUCCCUACCUGCAGUCAUCCCUCGUGUUACAUUGUUUUUAUAGCAGUGCAUUGAAACAUGCCUAAGAAACGGCAAUUAAGUAUUCCAAGCCCCUCCUCCCCGCAAAAAACCACAAACAAAACCAACCAGACAAAAAAAUCAACCCACAAAUGUCGACUCUUUGUCUUUCUCCUAAGGAGGAAAUGAAAAUUAGGGAUCACAGCAGAGGUUAACACAUAGAUUUCUGCAUUAUCACAUUUUUGAUAGGCACUUUGUAAGAGAGGGGUAGAAUUCAUGAAUCCUUCCCCCUUACUGUGAAAGGAGAAAGUUGUAAAGUGAUUUGACCUUGGUUUGUCUCAGCUUCAACCUUUCUGUGCACAUUUCAAACCAAUUUAUUUGUCACACCCUGUGGUGGUAAGCUUUUUUUAAAAUUUUCCUUAAUGUGAACUGUAACUUUGAUGCUGUUUUUCACCCUGCAAUCAUAGGCAGAAGCCUGGAGGACACUGAGCUCUAAAAUGCCUUCCAUGCCCCUGCAGUCCUGCAGUGCAGUGCAUCCAUGGGGAGUUGAAAAUUGAGCAAAUGUGUGGCAGUCAAAUGGUCCUCUCUGCAGUCACUUUCUGCUGGGUUUUAACCAGUAAGGUCAGGAUGUCCAGUCCUGGGAGUAACAACUGUGGCAACCUCCAUAGCAACUGGGAAACACUGGCAGCAAAAGGCUUCCUGUGUCCAACAGGCAAAAGGGUGAGGUUUCUGCAGUCAGACUAAAUCCAAAUGGACCAGAUGCAGUGUUACCACUAGCUGGUCACAACCGAGUCCUGCAGGUAGCAGCUUUUCCAAGAAUGGCUCAUUUGGAAGGGUCCCUGCCCAGGGCUCAGAGGUAUUGCAGUGUGAGGCCAGCUCCGGACAAGUUCUCAUGUUCCAGUGCCAUAUCUACAGUUAAUCCCUGCUGCAGGAGCUCUUUUGUCGUGUACCCUGCCUGGAUUGCUGAGCCCCUCACCCCCCAGAGGUGCCAAUGGAUUAGCCACUGCCUCCCCUCCCCAGGCCCAGCAUGGAAGAGACUGGGGGGAUCAGGGGGCCUAGACAGCAACGUGCCUGUGCUGGUGAGAGGGGAACAAGAUGGAUUUUAUUACCGUGGUACAGUAAAAGAGGAGAUGGAGAGUGAAAGAGACAUGUUUCUGGUAGAGUUUGCCAAACCACUUGUGUCACAUGGAAGGCAUCCAGUGUGUGUGCAAAAAACAGCUAAGGAUGACAUCCUGGAAUAUGUGAAUGGGAUGAAGCACUCCUUACUCCCUGGAGACAGAGUGCUGGCACCCUGGGAGCCAGAUAGGGCCAGGUACGGCCCAGGAACCGUCCUCACAGGCAUUGAGACAAGGGAUCCUUUACGAGCCUCAGAAGAUGAAGAAAUUAUGGUCCAUUUCUGGAAUGACAAGAAAGUGAAACUCCCCUGUGGUGUGGCUCUGUGGAUCCCUCCUAGCCUGUGGGAGAGGAUUGUGGAGAUGAUCCACAUGCCCUUCACCAGCAGGGUGAAGCUCAGACCAAGUCAGGACACCAACUCUUGUGUUUUUCCCUGCAGUCCUAAGCCAGCCCUGAUUCCUGUUUGUGCUGUACGUAGCCUUGCCAAGCACUGCUUGCUCUGCUCUCCCUGCUGGCCAGAUUUCCACCACCACUGUGAUGGUGGUAUCUGUUUAUCAGCCUGUGUAAGGUGCAUCUGCUGCUGCCAUCCCUGUGCUGGUGCCUGGUGGCCUCUUCCCUCCAGGUCUCUGGUCUUUCCAGAAAAAUCUGAAGAGGCAGAGUCCAGCAGUGAGCUCUCUCCAGGUCUUCUAGAACUGAAACGCACAAAGCAAGGAGAAGCUGCAGCUGUGGCAACAUCUUCCCCCUCUUCUGGCUCAGAGUGGGACCUGAAGCCAUCCCCCAUGAAGAGUACUGUGGGGGACAGUGCUGUUAACACAGGCUCCAGCUGUCUCGAAAAGCCCAGGCUAAAGGAUUCUGCAAGACCUGAGGGGAAAUACUGGAAAAGAAGCCACCACAAGUCCCAUUCCAGUAAUUCAGGACCUGGAAGUUGUAGCAGCACAUGUACAAAGGGCCAGCUGGAAUCCAAAGCCAUCUCCACUGGGGACAUAUCCAGUGUGGCCCCAGCUAAUCAGUGUGCAAUAUUUGAAACCAUUGAACAAACUCCCAGAGGGCAACUCACAGUGAAAAAAAUCCUAAGAGACCAAGAUUUCAAGCCAUCAUCGAGGGAGGAAGGCUUUGCAGCAUCAGAAAAACAAAGAUAUAAAGCAGCAUCAGAUGAUAAAUGUAAAGUGACUUGUGCUGGAGAUGACAAACCUGAUGUUAUAGACCUUGUCAGAGCUCACUUGCAACAAAGCAGAGAGAGAAAUGAUCAACCAGGAUUCAGUCCAUGUACAACUGAUCAGGUUCAGGGGCCGAAAUUUCAGAAAUGACUGAAGCAGUACUGUCUUGGCUGGUGCAUAAAUGUGGAAGUCAACCACUGCUUGUUCCAACUCUAAUACUCUUAACAGGGCACAAGAUAGACACACAGAAUAAUUUAGUUUGGAAAACACCCUUAGGAUCAUGGAGUCCAACUGUAAACUUAGCACUGCCAAGUCCCUGAUAAGUUUGAGUCUCUCUCUACACUUUGUUUCACCUUGUCUAAAACUCUGUUCUGCCCCAGAUGUUUUAGGAUUAACUGGUUGCUGUGUAUGUAGUGCUUUAAAAUGAUAAAGGAGUUGCUUAAGAGCUAAUCACUUGGUGUGUUUAAGCACUCUUUUCUCUAAUUUAAUUGCAGACUAAGGCUCUGUAUUAGCCCUGCAGGCAGUGAGCUCCCUGCUGUGUAUCAUAACAGACCCCAAAGGGCACAAACUGCUAUGGAAUUCUCAGAGCCUUCAGUGCAGUAGCUGGGCUGCAGGGCUGUGAGAGGCAGCUCCCAGUCUGUCCACCCAGCAGAGCAGUGACACCUGCCAGCCAGAGCCAGCAUGAGAACAGUGGAGCUGUGCAUCCGUGCCUCUCAAUUUCUACUCAUCACGAACAAAGAACUGAGCCCACACUCCUAAUCCAGUAGCAACACCCCAAAUCUAGUUUGACCUGGUUUUGUCUGGGAUAGAGCUAGUUUUCCUCCUAGUGGUUGGCACAGUGCUGUGUUUUGGAUUUAGUACACAGUGUCGAUAACAAACUGAUGUUUUGGUUGUUGUUGAGUAGUGCUCAGUCAAGGACUUUUCUCAUGCUCUGCCAGUGGGGGGGUGCACAAAAAGUUGGGAAGGAGCAGGGCUGUGACAGCUGACCCAAACUAUCCAGAAGGAAAUUCCAUACCAUAGAAUAUCAUGUAUAUAAACCGGGAGAGUUGUCCCAGGGGCUGACUUCCCUUCAGGGACUGGCUGGGCACUGGUCAGUGAGUGGUGAGCAACUGUAUUGUGCAUCACUUGUUCUUCUGGGGUUUUAUUUCUCUCUCCCCCUUUCAUUACAAUUAUUACUGUUGUUAUCAUUAGUGUUAUCAUAUUUUGCUUUGUUUCAGUUAUUAAACUGUUCUUAUCUCAA